AUGGAGAUCAGCGAUGCCGCCAAGUCUGGCGACGGAACCACGACCAAUGUGGGCAUCAAGAUGACGGGCACGUUCCAAUGCCCAGAAUGCCGCCAGAAGUUUGACUCCGAGAAGGCGAAGCAGCUGCACUGGAAGUUCAUCCAUGACCCAAACAGACAUCAGGAGGUGCACACCUUUCGAAAGGUAUGGCUCCGGGCUCUUGCAAAAGUGUCCACGGAUCAUCCGUUGAUAGACUGUGGUGCCGACGUCCAGGACGUGCCCAGCCAAGAGGAGCCUUUCGUCUUCAUCUGGGAUGCCGCUGGCUCGCACUUUGACUCUACUUCGACAUGCCCCGGGUAUUCGCACACCUAUCGCAACACGUGGAUGGGCUGGUACAGUGCUGGUGGCUACAUCAUGGACUCCGCUGGGGUCAUGCUGUCGGGGCGUGAUGGCAAGACCCCCGCCUACGACACUGCAGGCUUGGUCGGAGUACGCUUCGAGGACACGGCCGGUGGAUUCAUUGAGUUUCAGCUUUUCGAGAGAUUCCGUGGAAGGUCGCUGUUGAGCAUUGUCAAUGAGUGCAUGGGAAGUGAUCGAGAGAACGAUGGCUCUGCAGUUUGGCAGUCCGGGCACUGCAAGGUCGGGAAGGCUGCAAGCACCUUUGGAAUCGCUGGGGCAUCGCAGGAGAUGGUGAUCGGCUAUGCUGGCUCUCAUGUAGAGCCACUGAACUGGGUUCUCUUCAAAGUACAGGAGAGCUCAGCGGGCAGAGGGCUACCUUUUGCAUACGGCACGCAAAACAGCACCAAUCCAGGCUUUGCUGGCCGCGUGUACAUCUACGGAGUGCAGUAUGCAGUAGAACGGGCGGGCAUUUGGAAGUCGGUCACGCGGCCCUGUCAAUUGGACGAAGAUGGCUGUGUGACGAGCCACAACUUUCCAAGGUUUUACGGGGCGCAAGAGCACUGCAGCAUCGAAAUUGAGAAGUCUUUGGCAGGCCCUCUAAACUUGACAGAUUUCGACACGGAGAACAAUCACGAUUUCCUCACGGUGAAUGGCAAGGCCUACAGCGGCUCAGCCGGACCACAAGGCAUUGUUCCUCUGGAAUCCAUCGUGUGGAGGUCUGACAAUUCGGUCUCCAAAAGAGGCUGGCGGUUGUGCCCGCCGCCCAUCAGGAGGAAGGAGGCUGACGCCCGGGCUGAGUCACCCAGUGGCUUUCGUGUUUUUCUGCCUGUGAUACUUUUAGCCAUGGUAUCCUUGAUGUGCUACUUCGGCCCCACGAUGCGACAGAGCUGGCGAAAGUGGCACGCUCAUCGACUGCGAUUUCGAAAUGAUGUGGACGAGGAAGGUGUUUGUGGUGAUUUUGCAGUUGACACGAUGGAAAUGAGCUUGGACCAAGCACAGCAGGCACAGUUGCUCAGGUCUAGGCUAGUUUGUCAUGAGUGGGUCGGAUACCGGGUGGAGAAGUCUGGUGGCACGGCCUUCAUGCAGUGGCUCAAGUACUCCGUCUGGAAGCUGGGCAAGCUCGAGUCUUCUUUCAUGUACACAAUGCCAGGCCACCCCGUCGCUGUGGGAAGCCCCUUCUACCUCAAGACCGCGGGGCCGGAGGCGAUAGCAAGGUUCGAAGUGGUAUCUGGACACUUCGACUGGCGUGUGAUGCAUGAGGGAGUCGACUGCCCGAGCCGAAAGAAGGUCCGUUGCUUCCUGCUCGUGCGGGAUCCCAUCGAGCGCUUUCUGUCCUACUACCGCGAGCGCACUGCCGGUGCCCCAGCGCGAUUCCUGGAGGAUCCUGGUUGGCGUAGGACGGGCGCUUUGCUCGAGGAUUGGGCCGUGGGCCUUCAGGCUGGAGCGCUCCGGCCUGGCGUCGCUACCUGC